UUUCAGAAACAUAAGGCCAUGGCUGCUGACACAGAAACAGAGAGGAAAAAAAUGAAGUCCCCACUUCCUUUUCUUUUCUCAAAAAUCUUCACGUGAAUCUGACUCUGCCUUUGCCAUAUCUGCUAAGACACCUCCUGCUUCUCUCUUUAAUCCUCCAGCUCUUUUGUCACGUACUGCACUUCUGCAUAAUUUUACAUUGUAGACCAAAAAAAGUGUUGCAGAAAUUCAAUCCUAAGAUGAAAAUACAACAAUUCUUAGUUGUUAUACUUCUCUUGCUUUUGUCUACUUCCUCUACCUCUACCGUUUCUUCAGAUGCAUCAGCAUUGUUAGCAUUCAAAUAUAAAGCUGAUUUGGAGAACAAACUCGAGUUUUCCACUAAUACAACCUUCAGAUUUUGCAAAUGGCAAGGUGUACAAUGUGCUGGAAAGAAAGUUGUUCGUAUUAUUAUUGAAAGUUUAUGGUUAGGAGGUACAUUUCCUGCUGAUACAUUGUCUAGGCUUGAUCAACUACGAGUUUUGAGUCUUCAAAACAACUCACUAACCGGUCCGAUUCCUGAUCUUUCUUCACUAACAAAUCUCAAAGUACUUUUCCUUGACCAUAACAUUUUCACUGGUUCAAUUCCAGUUUCCAUUUUCACUCUUCACAGGCUCAAAACCCUUGAUCUCUCUUACAACAAUCUCACUGGUUCAAUACCCAUUGCAAUCAACGGGUUGAACCGGUUGUACUAUCUCCGGCUUGAUUCAAACCGGAUAAACGGUUCAGUCCCACCGUUAAAUCAAUCUACUCUCCAGGUGUUCAACAUUUCUUGCAAUGCCCUUUCUGGUCCUAUUCCAGUAACGAAAACGUUAUCCCAGUUUAAAGCGUCGUCGUUUUCGGAUAAUAAAGGACUUUGUGGAGAGCUAGUACACAAAGAAUGCCGUCCAAUACAGCCAUUUUUCAGUCCGUCAACGGCUGCCAUCACCGAAAAAACGCCGCCGCCACCAGCAGAACUUGGGCAAAACGAAGAGCUACAAAAGCGGGGUCCACUUAACCAUGCGGAAAAGAAACACCAUAAAAGAUAUUUACUCAUUAUUGGUGUUUCAACAGGCUGUUUAGCCCUCCUGUGUUCGUUGAUAUUACUAGCAUUAGCUUCAAAGAAACACAAGAACACGAAGAAACUAGGACAAGCCAAGACAAACACAUUCGAUCCAAGUGUUACAGGCAAUGCAGAAGCAGUAAUGAGGAUCGAAGAGGAGAACAAUGAGCUAGAAGAGAAGGUGAAAAGAGUACAACAAGUGAUGGGCAAAAGUGGGAGUUUAGUAUUCUGUGCAGGUGAGGUGCAGGUGUAUACACUGGAACAGCUGAUGAGAGCUUCUGCUGAGCUAUUAGGUAGAGGAACAAUGGGGACCACUUACAAAGCAGUGCUUGAUAACCGUUUGAUUGUAUGUGUGAAGAGAUUGGACGGUGAAAGGUUGGCGGGUACAAGUCAAGAAGAUUUUGAGCGGCAUAUGGAAUCAGUGGGCGGGCUUAGACACCCGAAUUUGGUUCCUUUUCGGGCUUAUUUUCAGGCCCGGCAAGAAAGGCUUUUGGUCUAUGAUUAUCAACCCAAUGGCAGCCUCUUUUCCCUUAUUCAUGGUUCCAAGUCAUCAAAAGCGAAGCCACUUCACUGGACCUCAUGCUUGAAAAUAGCAGAGGAUGUAGCACAAGGACUUUCCUACAUCCACCAAGCAUGGAGGCUUGUCCAUGGCAAUCUCAAGUCUUCCAAUGUCCUCCUCGGCUCGGACUUCGAGGCGUGCAUUUCUGACUAUUGCCUCUCUGUCCUCGCCAUCCCCUCGGAUGACGAGGACCCUGAUUCUGUAGCCUAUAAGGCUCCAGAAAUCCGAAAGCUGAAUCACAACAACCACCACCAAGCCAAUGCCAAGGCUGAUGUCUACUCGCUUGGCGUUGUUUUGCUUGAGCUUCUAACGGGGAACCAUCCUUCGGAACAUCCUUAUCUAAUGCCAGAUGAUAUGAUCCAUUGGGUGAAGUCUACUAGAGAGGAUAAUGAUGGUAGUAUUGGAGAAGAUAGUAAGUUGGAGAUGCUUCUUGAAGUUGCUAUGGCUUGUAGAGUGAGCUCACCAGAGCAAAGACCAACAAUGUGGCAAGUGUUAAAGAUGAUGCAAGAGAUUAAAGAAGUUGUUAUAAUGGAAGAUAGUCAUGAAAUGGACCUUCUCACUGGCCCUCCGAAUUCUUAGUUAUUAUUAUAAAAUUAAAUAUGUAUUAUAUUCACUACAGAACUUUGAUUAUUAGUAAUGUAAUUGCAAAAGAAGGGAUCAAAACGGGAAAGACUAUACUUUUGUUAGCAUGUUGACAAGUAGUGGCAGGUUUUGUUUAGUGUAUUAUCCCCUUAUUUCACCUUAUUGGAUAUCCCCAAUUUCUAUUUCAAUAGUGGAAAUUGAGGUUGAAUUAUUUUCUCUGUAA